CACUGACGAAAUAACAGUCUGCGUUAAGCAAAAUUGCUUACUUGUUGCUUGCCAGCACUUGACGGUUUCUGUCGCUCUGCUCAGAACCAGGAUCAUCCGGGAUUGGGACCCCGCAGCUCUGGAGCAUCAAGGGGAAGAGAGAGGCGCACCGGGGAGAUAAGUGCUGCUGCGCCGAUUUGUAGUGGACAUAUUUGGGCACUUUUUACGCACGCAUGUUGCGCACUGGGACUAACUGGAUUUAAGGGCAUACACAGAUAAAUGUUCAUUUUAUGGAAUAAAGCAUCUUUAAACAUGUUACUAAAUAUAAAACAUAUCCUGUGGUUAUGUUUUCUCUGGGAAGCUGCGGCUGCCUCAGCCUCCAACUCGUUAUCGAUAAUCCGACCGGUCACUGGCUCCCUCUCAGGGAAGGUAAAUCUUCCCUGCUUCUUCUCCACCAUCCCAACCUCAGCGCCGGUCAUCAGCCCCAACGGAACUGCCAUUUAUAGCAGAGAUUACCUUCGGAUCAAAUGGACCAAAAUAGUGGGGGAAGUGGAAUCCACAGUGCUGGUGGCACAAAAUGGCCUCAUCAAGAUAGGUUCCAUCUACAGGAACCGCGUGUCAGUGCCCAGUCACCCGGAGGACGUCGGUGACGCCUCACUGACAAUGGUGAAGCUGCGUGCCAGUGACGCGGGCACUUACCGCUGUGAGGUCAUGUACGGCAUUGAAGACACCCAGGAUACAGUGAACCUAGAUGUCAAUGGUGUCGUCUUUCACUACCGGACGAGCAUCAGCAGAUAUACAAUGAACUACCAGAACGCUGUCAGGACUUGCCAAAAUGUUGGAGCAACCAUUGCCACAUAUGACCAACUGAGAGCAGCCUAUGAGGACGGCUUCGACCAAUGUGAUGCCGGCUGGAUCGCCGAUCAGUCAGUGAGAUACCCCAUUAUCAAGCCAAGGAACGGCUGCUUUGGCAACCUGAAGACCAAACCUGGCAUUAGGACAUAUGGCAUCAGGAAACCAACAGAGACCUAUGAUGUAUUUUGUUACGUAGAUAAACUUCAUGGUGAGGUGUUCUAUGCUCCUGUGACCCACAAGAUGACUUUAGGGGAGGCCAGUGCAGAGUGCAGGAAGAGAAAAUCUUCUUUGGCAUCCCCUGGCCAGCUCCAUGCUGCCUGGCGACAGGGCCUGGACAAAUGUGACUAUGGCUGGCUCUCCGAUGGCAGCGCACGACAUCCCGUUGCAGUACCCAGAAUGAAGUGUGGGGGGGGCCUGCUCGGCGUCAGGACCAUGUAUCGCUACAGAAACCAGACCGGCUUCCCAGAACCAUCUACGAAGCUUGGGGCUUACUGUUUCAAAGGAAGGAGAGAGGUGAUCAAACAGAUGUCCUUUGUUGAUAUGAUUGUGGUAGGGACCACCACCAUUAGCUCCACUACCUCCAUCCCUUUACUAGAGAGCAGCGCCCCUACGCUAACCCCAAAAUCUGUAACUGUAUCAGAGGCAGAUGAAUCUCCAGAUCCUUCCAAUGUUCCAUCUAUGUUCUCUACCAGUAUGGCUCCACCGCGCUCCACUCCCGCAGGAGAAGAAGAAGAGCUAAUCACCACAGUCGCACCCACCAUCAGAGAGGAACAUGAUGACACAACACCUGAGCCAGAAAUUCAGCACACAACCGAAAGCAGUGCUACCACACAAUCAGUCUCUGAACCCACUGAGGAGCCCGACGAUAACUCAGUGAUUCAGGUCGUCAAAAUCCAACCCGAUGUCGCCAUAACCGAAGCCUCUCUCAGCACGGAGCCCAUGUUUGCAGAGGGGGAGACUGAGGAAACUAUUCUGGGUGCUGCGAUAACCACAGCGAUGACCUCUGACCUCACAGAUACUCCCACAGACUCAACCGAACUGACCAGCAAGGAAGUGUUCAGCUCCUCAGAAUUAACACCCCCACCCACCGAGCUUCAUUCAACAACACCGUACCCACAUUACGGUCCCAGCGUGGAAGAGGUUGAGGAAGGUUGGUUUGUAGAGGGACCUCCACCUCCUCAGCUACCACAACAGAGCACAUCAUCCAGCCCGUCAGACAGCACUAGUAGCAUUGAAAGAACAACAAUCCCCACUGCCACUGACACCACCUUUAUGUGUAACACCAAACCCAGCGAAGAGGGGAGCCACCGGACCACAGGACCACCAGAGACAACGCAAACCACAACUCAAAGCCAGGAUGCAGAGACGCCGGCUGUCACCUACAAGGACAAGACCACUUCUGUAUCUGUGGCAUCCGCCGGCGUCCUGACAGACAGUGGGACCUCAGCCGAAAGUGUAACAUCGUCAAUGAUUGUUUUUGAUGAGUCCAUCACUCUGGUACCAGAGCACAGCGGUGACAUCACGACAGAGGACGACACCACAACAGAGAUUGGCGCCGAGUUCUUCACAUCUGCUUCCAUGACUUCAGCUGCUUCUGACACAACCACCACUCCAAGUACAGCGGCCACUGAGGAGCAAUUCCUCCAAGUGACCACCGCCAUGCAGAGGCAGAAUGUGUCAGUUGCCCAGGCUCUACAACCACAAGAUUCCCAGUCUUCUGCCAUCCCAGUUGUGCCUGACCAUCCCACACCCUCCGUGGCUGAUGGUGAGCCUAUUCAGCAGAGUGGAGACCCAGACCUUUUCUCUCAAGCUGCUGCAACUCUCACUCCAGCUGUUAGUUUUGUAAAUGGUAAAGAAGAGAUCACAUUGGAGCCACAGAGCCCAGGAGAAGUAGAGGCCAAAGGUACCCAGAUUUCGACCAAUGUGACAAGUCUGGGAGCAAGUGAUGAACUAAACACUGUGUUUGAUUAUAGUUGGACCAAUCUCCCUGUAGGUAGCUCCACUGAUUCUAUGGAGGAACCCACAGAAGGACGGAUCUCGACAGAGAUCCCAGAUGUUGAUAUAUAUGAGACCGAUGUAAUCUCAUUAGUUGAAUCAACACCUCCUCACAUACUCCCUAAAGAGGAAGACCUAGUCCCUCAGAUAGACGCAACCUUAUUUCCAGCCUCAACAAUGGAGGGCACAGCUCCAUCAAAAACUACACAGAAAACUGAAUCUGGUCCAGCUGCUAUAAUUGCCACAGAGGGGAUGAGUGAUGUCACAGUUACCUCAGCUGACCUAGUUCCUAGUGUACUACCAGCCGAGCCACAGAUCACCAAAGCAACUGAAGAAAGCCAAACAACAAAAGGCAAUAAAGAAGGCACCACUGUCAUCACCGCAUCUGUUCAAGAAGAGGUAGACGAGUCGGGGGUGACUCCCACUUAUGUGAAAAGUGACUCAACAGUGACUCAGACACAGAAGGCUGAAGACAAGCUCCCUGUUACUUCUUCAACAGAACCUCACACAGCUACAUACAAAUCUGAAAUCACAGAGGAAACACACAGCACAUCUGCCAGUCCAGCUGCAGCAGAUGACAUUCAGUCUACACUGAAGUCUGCGUCCACUCCCUCCUCAGAUGACGCUGAUGGGAGCACACCAACAUCAACAAAUAGUGACUCAGAGAGCUCCACUCAAGAUGUGGAGGAAGGGAAAGAGACCCAAACCCCAAAAGAAUUUGCCUUCAGCACAAGAGCUCCUUUAGUAUCCAGUAGCUCAGCCCCUAACGAACUGACAGCCAAGACGGAGAUAACACCACCUAGAGACGUAAGCAGCACUGAAUCAUCAACUGUUGCACCUACCCUGGCACAAACCUCAGAGGGGGCAGUCAUAAGUCAGGGGGAAAGUACUGUCAGCCAAAUACCCUCCAUUUCACCUAGUGAGAGAGCUGUGUCUGAUGUAAUGUCUACAUCAGAGGAGGUGAGUUCAGGAGUCCAACAAGUAAACAUGUUUACAACCAGCCCUCCAUCAAGUAGCUCUGCGGGGACUGCAACAUUGUCUUCAAGCUUAAGCUCUACACAUACAACAGGACAAGAAACAAGAGAGAGUAAAGUACCAUCUCAAACAGUGCAAACAGCAGGCACAGAAAAAACUGAUGAGGCACUAACAAGCUCAACAACAGUGACUCCACGUUUGACCUCUUUUAUAUCAUCUGGUGUUCCAGGCACUGAGGUUGAUGGUAUUAGCAGUGAGAUUAAGAUGGUGGAGUCCAUUCCUUCCAUCACUGAAUCAACCAUGAAAUCUGAAACAUCAACUAUCCUCAUUACAACAUCAACAGAAAGUUCUGGAGACGACACUACUGAGUUCACUAAGGAGUCGGUCUUCACUGCAUCUACUGUCCCUUCACUGUUGACAACAAAGUCACCAUCAGUCACUGCAUCACGUGCAUUUGAAACAAGUGAAACUUCAUCAGCUACUGUUACAAGAGUGUCAUCACUCUACAGUACUGACAGACCAGCAUCACAGUCGCCUGAAACACAAGAGACUGUUACCACAAGUCAGGUAGAGCAGGAGACUGAAGUAACAUCACAAACAGCAGGCACAGAAAAAUCACCCACUUCUGCCACUGGUGAAUCGGUAAAAUCUUCUGCACCAAUCACUGUACACGAGGAGAAGAAACAAAAUGAAACAGCUCCACCCUCUCACGAAUCCAUUACAACCACUGCUUCUCCAUUAUACAGUGCUAUUGAAAUUAUCAAGACAACUGUGGCUUCAUUCACAGGAAUUUUCAGUCAGUAUACAACAGAAAGUGCAUCAGCAAUGACUGAUUUACCCGAAGGAAAAGUGGAAACUCCCACUAGUGUCACAGACAAAGGGGCUUCAGUUCAUCAAACCUCUGCAACUAUGGCCACCCCGACUUCCCCAAUCAAAACAAGUGAGUCUGGUUCAACCACAAUUUCCGAUAUAACUGAAGACACAACUCAAACACAAUCCUCAACUGUGACCCAAGUGAGUAGCAUAACAGAGACAGCUUCACUGUUUCCUAGCACUUCUGGAGAGAGUGCAGAUGACCAAACAUCUAAUACGACAUCGACAGAAGCUACUGUGGUGGCUACCAUGCUUAGCACAGACAGAGCUGCAACAGGAGAAACACAAUAUGAAACAACUCAUGGUUCAAGCACACUUGGCACUGUAGCUCCUCUGCUGACAACCACUGAAGGAAUAUCACAUACAUCUGAAAUUAGUUCCGAAGAAACAAGGAUUACUGUUUCAUCUGACAUCAGUGUGACUCCAACUCCCUCAUCUGCAUUUAAAACAGGGAGUGAUGUGACAAAAGAACAAAUGGAACAAUCAUCAAUGUCUUUAUCAGCUACUGUUACUGCAACUUCACUGUACAGUACUGACGAACCAACAUCUUUGUCACCUGAAACAAAGGAGACUCUUCCCACACGUCAGAUAGAGGAGGAUUCAGUAACACCUGAGAAAAGUUCUACUUUCCCAACCCCUGAGGAAGAGACUUCAGGUGAACAGACUGACACGUCCACCAAAGAUACUGGAGCUCCUACAGCUUCAUCUCUGUUCAGCACAGAAAGACCAACAGCAUUGCCAGUUGAGGAACGAGACAGUGCGGUCACAGAUCAGAUCACUGAUCGAACUCCAGACAUGUUCUCUUCAACCUCUGUUGUCACCGGUACAUCUUCAUCUUUAUUCAGCACAGUGGCCCCAACAGCACCUGGAACACAAGAAAGUCUAGAAACAUCAACAAUACUCAUUACAACAUCUACAGAGAGUUCUGGAGACGACACUACUGAGUUCACUAAGGAGUCAGUCUUCACUGCAUCUACUGUCCCUUCACUGUUGACAACUGAGUCACCAUCAGUCACUGCAUCACGUGCAUUUGAAACAAGUGAAACUUCAUCAGCUACAGUUACCAGAGUGUCAUCACUCUACAGUACUGACAGACCAACAUCACAGUCGCCUGAAACACAAGAGACUGUUACCACAAGUCAGGUAGAGCAGGAUUCAGUAACAUCUGAGAAAAGUUCUGUUUUCCAAACAACUGAAGAAGAGAGUUCAGGUGAACAGACAACUGAUAUAUCCACUGAACACACUGCAGCUCCGACAGCUUCAUCGAUGUUCAGCACAGAGAAACCAACUGCUUUGGCAAUUGAGGAACAAUACAGUGCUGUCCAGUUCAGACUGAAAAGUCAUCACAUCCAACAGAGACCUUUUCUGUCACCACCGCAAUAG